AUAAAUACGAAAGCAUAAACAAAUCAUUUAUCAAGUUUUUGAAACAACAACAGAUUUCUAAAACAACUCUUAAUCAGGUCUUCUUCUUCGCUCUCUCUUCUUCUUAUCCUCAAAAAAUCUUUCCCCUUUUCUUGCUCCUUAACGUUUCCAAAGUCUUUAUCAGAUUACUGCUUCGAGACUCUUAAUUCUUUUUUCUGGGUUUUUAAUAUCUUCUAAUUCUUUUCAAUUUCAACACAAAUUUGUUGCUUUUAGGCGUCGAUAUAGAGAAUAAAAAUCGAAACUUUGUUUCAUUUGGAGGUUAAAGAUCAAAGCUUUUUGGUAGUGAAGAGUCUCCACCAUUAUGAGGAAAAACGGUGACGGUUCUUCUCCGAAGUCGCCGGACGGAGUUAUGUCACGAUCAGCUCGGAGUUCGUUUCGUGCUUUGUCUAAUUGCCUUAAGGUGAUUUCAUCUGGUGCUUCUACUGUUGCUCGCUCCGCCGUAUCAGCUGCUUCUUCCGCCGUUAGGGACGUUGAUUCUCAUCACGAUCAGGUACUAUGGGCGGGGUUUGAUAAUCUACAGAAAGAAGAUGGAGAUACUCGAAGAGUUCUUCUACUAGCAUUUAAGUCUGGAUUUCAAGUUUGGGAUGUUGAAGAUACAGAGAAUGUUCACGUUAUAGUUUCUACACAUGAUGGACAAGCAUUCUUUAUGCAAAUGCUACUGAAUCCAAUAAAGUCUGGAGCUUUAGAUGAUAGGUUUUAUAAGAGCCGUCCUCUUUUGGCUGUGUGUGGUGAUUCUUGGGAAGAACAUUCAAGUAAAAAGAUCAGUUCUGAUAACUCCGGAAGUGAAACCGUGGCUACUCCUACUAAUGUCUAUGUCUACUCGUUAAAGUCUCAGUCUUAUGUGCAUACGCUGAAAUUCCGGGCUACCAUUUAUUCGGUUAGGUGCUGUUCUCGGAUUGUUGCUGUACAACAAGCAGCUCAGAUAGAUUGCUUUGAUGCUGCAACACUGGAAAUGGAUUACACGAUUGUCACUAACUCCAUUGUGUGUGGCUCCUCGGGUGUUGGAUAUGGCCCUCUUGCAGUUGGUCCACGAUGGAUUGCAUAUAGCGGAAGUCGUAUUGCUACCUCAAGUUCUGCAAUUUUCACUUCAGAACUUCUCUCACUGUCAUCAUCACCCAGUGUUGCACAAUUUGCAAGAGACUCGAGCAAGCAGCUCGCUUCUGGGAUAGUAAAUCUUGGAGACAAAGGGUACAAGUCAUUGACUCGAUACUGCGCAGAGGUUCUUCCCAAUCCGUAUAUUCCUGGUUUAAAAAGCAUUGGAGUUGGUAAUGAGAAUGUGCCAGAUGCAGAGAGCAUAGGAAUGGUUAUUGUCAAAGAUAUCACAAACAAAAGCGUCAUAACGCAGUUUAAGGCACACAAGAGUCCGAUUUCAGCUUUGUGCUUUGACCCAAGUGGCCUGCUUUUGGUGACUGCUUCGAUUCAGGGGCACAAUAUUAACGUCUUUAGAAUAAUGCCAACAAUCUCUACAAGCAGAGCGGUGAAGAAAACGACUUUUGCCCAUCUGUUCAGGCUUCAACGCGGUUUUACUAAUGCGGUGAUACAAGACAUCUGUUUCAGCAGUGAUAGCAAUCUAAUUGUGGUUAGCUCUUCAAGAGGGACAAGUCAUCUGUUUGAGAUAAAUCCUGAGAAAGAGGGGGAUUCUCCGGUUCCUAUGUCUGCAAUCAGUAGGAUAAGAAGCGGAAACAGCAGCGGAUGGAUUGGGACUGUGAGCGAUGCAGCUUCUGCAGCAGCUGGAAUGGUUGGAGGCUCUGUUCCGGGUACAAUCACAUCCACUUUCUGUUACUGCGAUGAAAAGAGUAACAAUAACUACUAUGGUUCUGUUGCUGAUAUGUGCUCCAAGACGAAUCUUCUGGUGUUUGCUCCUUCUGGAUGUAUGACACAGUAUGCCUUACGGGAAAAUGCGGCUGGUGCUGGUCAUGAGACUGCUGCGAUGAUGGGGUUUGACUUUGAGUCAGGUCUAGAGACUGAAGGAAAGUUAGCGGUAGAUCCAAUAAGAAGGUGGUCCAUAAUCCAAAACCGAUCUAGAAGAGAGACGCAGGAUCACCACAGUGACAUAUAUGGAGGUGGAACAUCAGUGGAUUCUAAAAGCAAAGUGUUUCCGGAGGUUGUUAGAAAACAGAGUGUUGAGGAAGCUUGGAAAGUAACUAAGAAAGGAAAGACCCAUGUGGAUGAUAAUCGUCAUUUGUACAUAUUUGAAGCAGAACAGCAAACGCAUCUGCCGACUCAGCUACCGUUAUGGGAAAGGCGAAAGUUUAGGUUUCAAAAAUUGGCAUUGAAUCGGGGUGAAGAUAUUAGUGGUGGAGGAGGGGAGAUGGAGAUUGAAGGAAUCCAAACUCGAACUAUUGAAGCAAGAACAAGAGAUCUGGUUCCAGUCUGGGGUUAUCUCCAUUCUCCAAGAUCCCAACAAGUGACAAACGAAUCAAUGCAGAGUCCAAGUACCACUACAGAAGAUGACAAAGUGGCUCCUCUGGAGGGUCAUGGAACAGAGACUGAUCUCGGGGCUGUACAUAGUGAAGAAGAGACACAAAGCGAGUCUGUAGAUAAAGAAGGUAUUGCAGAGGAGAAGAAUCACAGUGAAGAUGAGGAUGAAGAGCAAGUGGAUUAGAAGAAGGUGAUCGUGUUAUUGGUUUAUUUUUUUCACACAAACUCGGCUUCAACAACAGAAUAACAAAAAAAUAACUCUGGAAAAUUGUAUAGAAAAGAAAAAGGAAAAUUGACAUAUCUUUUAGAUGUAAAUAGCUUUAGUACUUUUUCUUCUUUUUUUACAAAAUAUUAUUAGCCCAUUGAUUCAUGAACCAUCUUAUGAUGUAAACAAAAUAUAAAAAAGUACUUUUUUUUACUA